GAGAAAUGUGCAUUAGGUGAACAAUGUUCAUUAUCGACAGUCUUAGUUUUUAUCGUCCAUUCUGGAUCUGCAUGCGAUUGCUGGUACCGACUUUCUUCAAGGAUUCCUCGCGUCCUGUCCAGCUGUACGUGGUGUUGCUGCACAUCCUGGUCACCUUGUGGUUUCCACUGCACCUGCUGCUUCAUCUUCUGCUACUUCCAUCUACGGCUGACUUCUUUAAGAACCUGACCAUGUCUCUGACUUGUGUGGCCUGCAGUCUGAAGCACGUGGCCCACUUGUAUCACUUGCCGCAAAUUGUGGAAAUCGAAUCACUGAUCAAGCAGUUAGACACAUUUAUUGCCAGCGAACAGGAGCAUCGCUACUAUCAGGAUCACGUGUAUUGCCAUGCAAGGCGCUUUACAAGAUGUCUCUAUAUCAGCUUUGGCAUGAUCUAUGCGGUUUUCCUGUUCGGCGUCCUCGUUCAGGUGAUUAGCGGAAAAUGGGAACUUCUUUAUCCAGCCUAUUUCCCAUUCGACUUGGAGAGCAAUCGCCUUCUCGGCGCAGUGGCCUUGGGCUAUCAGGUAUUCAGCAUGUUAGUUGAAGGCUUCCAGGCGCUGGGAAACGAUACCUACACCCCGCUGACAUUAUGCCUUCUGGCCGGACAUAUCCAUUUGUGGUCCAUACGCAUGGGUCAACUGGGAUACUUCGAGGAGGAGGCGGCGACGAUUCAUCAGCGGUUGCUGGAGUACAUUGAGCAGCAUAAACUCUUGGUGCGAUUCCACAACCUGGUGAGCCGAACCAUCAGCGAAGUGCAACUGGUGCAGCUAGGCGGAUGUGGCGCCACUCUGUGCAUCAUUGUCUCCUACAUGCUCUUCUUUGUGGGCGACACCAUCUCGCUGGUCUACUACUUGGUUUUCUUCGGAGUGGUCUGCGUGCAGCUCUUUCCAAGCUGCUAUUUUGCCAGCGAAGUGGCCGAGGAGGUGGAACGGCUGCCAUAUGCGAUCUUCUCCAGCAGAUGGUACGAUCAAUCGCGGGAUCAUCGAUUCGAUUUGCUCAUCUUUACACAAUUAACACUGGGAAACCGGGGGUGGGUCAUCAAGGCAGGAGGUCUCAUCGAGCUGAAUUUGAAUGCCUUUUUCGCCACCCUGAAGAUGGCCUAUUCCCUCUUUGCCGUUGUGGUGCGGGCAAAGGGUAUAUAGAGCGUCUGUUUAAUUAAAUGGAUUUCACGACCCGGCCAGCGUAUUGUUAUUGAUUCUGGCCCCCCCUGAAAUUGGCCAAAAGUGGAGCAAUCAACGCGGGAAAAUGAAAUUUCAUUAAUUGGCCCCGUCGCGAUACGCAAAUAAACAGUUUGCCACACGGAAAUUCUGAUGUUUCCAACGAACAACAAUGGCACAUUAAAGUUAAAUGAAUUGUUUACGUAUACACAAUUUCGAUUCUGAUUUCUGUUUGUAUAUUUUGUUGCUGUAAUCCUUGCAUAAAUCUCAAUGGAAUCAGACUGCUUUGUGUUGCUGUAAUUAAAAUAAAAAAUGGUAUGCCAAUCAAUGAAAAGUAAAAAAGAAGUGCAUCAUCCCCGAAUAAGUUUAAGUGAAUCGACGUGGAUGCUGUGAAGAUGAAUCGUGAUAGCAUCUCGAAACUGGAAACCCCUUGCAACGUGAACAUGCCGCCGUGGAAAUGAGAAAUAUAUUUAAAAAUAUUUCAGUGGACGACGAGCCUUUUGCUCGAAAUGCAAAUGAGGAAAAGCCCUUGGCGUUGCAUGCCGGAAAAGUGCGAUGGACAACGGACUGCAUAAGUGUCCAGGAAAGCGGCGCCGGACAAACGUUGGCGCACACUUGUCCAAGGACUCGUGGCAAGAAGGAGUGGGAUGUGGCCAAGGACACGCAGCGUACGCUACCGCGGCAAUUUAUUGAUGCCAACGCAACGAUGAGUGUGCGAACAAAUUGCCUGAAUGUCUGUGAUGUCAAUGGUAC